AUGAAUACCACCCCAGCUGUAUCUGUACUACCACUACCACUACCACUAUCAUUACUUUUAUGUUUGCUGUUAGUACUUUCCUCCUUUCCAUCAGCCAUUAUGUCCGUCAACGCCGCUGAUCCCACUGCCCAUCCACAACAAGGUAAUGUGGAUGCAGAUACCUCCUCUCAAUAUCUUGCGAUGCUAAAGGUGGAGGAUCUUCAGCAAAUGCUUCAUGAGAAGCGACAGCCAUUCCAUCAUCUCCGCACCAAAGAGGAACUUAUCCAAGCAUUGGUGCAACUCGAGCGGGAGGAGGAACUCGCAUUGAAAGUGCAGGCAACUGCCGCCCAACGGCCUACACAACAUGUACUCCGUGUGUUGUACUGCUCCGGAUGA